CAUUCUUGUCCAUUUCAAUGCAUACGUUAACUGGACAUUCCGGAAAAGUUAUGGCUGCUAAGUUCCUGGGAGAAGCAUCAAAAGUAGUGACUGGAAGUCAUGAUAGGACUUUGAAAAUUUGGGACUUGAGGAGUAGAGCUUGUACAGAAACCAAAUUCGCUGGUUCAAGUUGUAACGACUUGGUGACUGUAGACAGUAGUGGUUCCACAAUCAUAAGCGGUCAUUUCGACAAGAGUAUACGAUUCUGGGAUACAAGAGGUGAAGCGUGUUCCAAUAGUAUCAUUUUCAAUGGAAAAGUGACCUCUUUGGAUCUCACUAGAGAUACGAAAUAUUUACUAUGCUGUGUGAGAGAUGACACCUUGAAACUAUUGGAUCUCAGGAUGAAUCAAAUAGUUAAUUCUUUCAGCUGUGAUGGAUUCAAAGUUGGCUGUGACUGGGCGAGGGCCACCUUCAGUCCGGACGGACAGUAUGUUUCUGUGGGCUCAGCGGAUGGUAGCGUCUAUCUGUGGGGAGUCAACACUGCCAAAGUGGAGAGCAUUUUAAAGGAACAUGUGUCUGCAGUGACAGCAACAGCUUGGCAACCGUACGGAACUUAUUUGGCAACGGUGGAUCGAUCCAAAAAACUAAUAGUAUGGGGAGACCAAUGAUGUUCAAAUUGAGAGAAGUUUUCUCGACAAUUUUUGUAUAAUUCCAGGAACUAACAUUAGAAAUAAGCAUCACGAACAAAUUAGAUCACUAAUAUCCAUCGAAAUUAUUUUGAGUAAACCGAGAUGUCUAUAUAUUGUUUUCCUAUACCAUAAGGGUCAAUUUUUAUUUCUUAUCAGUGUAUAAGUGGACGAAUAUCGAUCAUCUGAUUUAAUUGUUUUAAUAUUCGUUUAUUGUAAUUUGAGCUCUAUUUAUAUGGCGAAUUUUUUAUUUGUGAUAAUAAAUAAAAAUCGAUCAUCGAAAAAAAUAUUGUGAAUUAUUUCUCAUUUGUAUGAUCGUUUUUGUACAUUAUUUGUGAAUGUGGAAUCGAGGAGUCUAAUUGUAGAAUUCUUGAGUAUUUCAAUUAAUCAAUGAUUUUUUUAAGAUUUCUUAAUUUCUGACGUUUGGCUCUCAACCUAAAAAUGUACCUUACAGUGCCUUUGUAAUUGGUAUUAUUGAAAAUUUUACAUCAUUUUAACAUUCGACAUUAUAUUGGAAAUAUACUUUGAAACGUUGUGAUUAAUUGUAGAUAUAAAUCAUUGUAACAAUAAAGGACGUUCAUCGAU